AUGCAGGAGGGAUUUCAGUGGAGCAUGGGCCUGAAGGCCCCUGAGGAGCCGCCAGCCUUCUACCUCCCUCCCUCGGUGCCUCUGCACAAUCCAGUGGACAGUGGAGGGGACAGCGAGAGCGACACCGCGCUCCUGCCCAAGAGGACGGUUGUGAGGAUCGUGGGGAACGCAAGAACCAAGCAGAGCCUCCUGGGCCAGACGGCCAUUGUGAAGCGGGCCGUGGGACUUGGCGGCUGGCACUGGCUGACGGUGCUACCCACCGGAGAGGAGGUCAAGCUGCAGCGCAACGCCCUGGAGGAUAUGUCGGAGGAGGAGGAGGAGGAGCAGCGGCGGCAGCAGCAGCAGCAGCAGAUGGCGGCGGCUCGGGGAUAUCCGUACGAACCAGCGGAGCCGCACGCCGAAGGCAAGGCAUCCAUAUCCAUUGGCCGCCGCCGCCCGCCGGGAUACCGGCCGCGGCCGCCGCGCCGGCCGUCGUCGGUGCCGCCGCAGCCGCGGUACGAGGACUACGGCGGGCGCACGCGGCUGCACAGCUCACGCGGCGCGGGGCAGCCCCGCAUCAACCUCAGCAAGCUGCAGACGGCGGCAUUGAAGCGGUACGGAGCGGUGUACCAUCUGCCCGCGGCGGAGGAGCAGCAGGCGACGCGCGACCAGCUUUUGGAUGCGGUGUCUGAGCACUUUGCGGCGCAGCAGGUGGACGAGUCGGAGGUCAUCGCCUGUUUCCUGUCCGCCGUCAAGCGGCACCGCAUGGGCCUGCCGCGGUGA